UGCACUGCUCUGGGGCCUCUACUGCGCAUGCUGCAGGUACAACAUUGCUCCUCCAUCUUAUGCUUCCUGCAAAUGCAGAGAACUGGACACAUCCUAAUAUAAAUAAAAUACAAGGAGAGGUUUUACUGGAUUAUUAUUUCUGCUCAUUGCUCUGGUUAAGAGAAAUCAUAUAAUACUGAUGAUCAGCACAGGAUACACCAUGCUGGGUUACCGACUGCCUAGAGCUCUCUGAUUCUCCUUUCUCGGACAUUUCCUUUAUCUCUACGCUUGAAUGGACUUUAAUGUUCUGCAGUUGUAAAAUGGAUGUUUACUUGGCUGAGCAUCGUGUUUAAGGGGAAGCUGAAUCGAGUGAGGAAAUAUCUGGGUCUGUGGUCCUAACAUUCAUGUUUAGAGAUGAAGUUCGUUUUAGGGAUUCUACUGUUUCUCUUCUUUUCCAUAUGGAUGGAGGAAGUUCACUGCAAGGAGAAAUCAUCAAAGAAAGGCAAAGCAAAGAAGAAUCAGUAUCUAUGCCCAUCCCAACAAUCUGCAGAGGAUCUUGCAAGAGUUCCUGUUAACUCCACCAGCAACAUUUUGAAUAGGCUUUUGGUUAGUUACGAUCAAAGGAUACGACCAAAUUUCAAAGGUAUUCCAGUUGAUGUCAUGGUGAAUAUUUUUAUUAACAGUUUUGGAUCUAUACAAGAAACAACCAUGGAUUACCGAGUUAAUAUAUUUCUAAGACAAAGAUGGAAUGACCCACGUCUUAAACUACCAACUGAUUUCCGUGGAUCUGAUGCACUUACAGUGGAUCCAACUAUGUUUAAAUGUCUAUGGAAACCUGAUUUAUUUUUUGCAAAUGAAAAGAUGGCAAAUUUUCACGAUGUUACCCAAGAAAAUAUACUUCUAUUUAUAUUUCGUGAUGGAGAUGUCCUUCUUAGCAUGCGAUUAUCCAUUACUUUGUCUUGCCCUCUGGAUUUGACAUUGUUUCCGAUGGAUACACAGCGUUGCAAGAUGCAGUUAGAAAGUUUUGGAUAUACUACCGAUGAUUUACGGUUCAUUUGGCAGUCAGGAGAUCCUGUUCAAAUGGAAAAGAUUGCAUUGCCUCAGUUUGACAUUAAGACAGAAGACAUUGAAUAUGGUAACUGUACAAAAUAUUACAAAGGCACUGGGUAUUACACAUGUGUGGAAGUCAUAUUCACCCUGAGGAGGCAAGUAGGAUUUUAUAUGAUGGGUGUUUAUGCCCCUACAUUGCUCAUUGUUGUCCUUUCCUGGCUGUCCUUUUGGAUCAACCCUGAUGCAAGUGCUGCUAGAGUACCGCUAGGUAUAUUUUCGGUUCUUAACUUGGCAUCUGAGUGUACCACCCUUGCCCAGGAACUCCCAAAAGUAUCAUAUGUGAAGGCCAUAGAUGUCUGGCUUAUAACCUGCCUCCUCUUUGGUUUUGCUUCACUUGUUGAAUAUGCUGUUGUUCAGGUUCUUCUAAACAGUCCAAAGAGAAUUGAAGCUGAAAAAGCCAAAAUAGCCAAAACCGAGCAAGCAGACGGAAAGGGACCCAAUGCUGCAAAGAAAAAUACAGUCAAUGGGACAGGGACACCGGUCCACAUCAGCACUUUACAAGUUGCAGAAAACCGGUGCAAGAAAGUGUGUACUUCCAAGUCUGACUUGAGGUCCAAUGACUUCAGUAUUGUUGGAAGCUUACCAAGAGACUUUGAGUUGUCCAAUUAUGACUGUUAUGGAAAACCAAUUGAGGUCAACAAUGGUCUUGGAAAAUCUCAAGCAAAGAACAACAAAAAACCACCUCCUGCGAAACCAGUGAUUCCAUCAGAAGCAAAACGAAUUGAUCUUUACUCAAGAGCAUUAUUUCCAUUUUGCUUCUUGUUCUUUAAUGUUAUUUAUUGGCUAGUAUAUUUAUGAUAACACUGUCUCUCUGAAUAUAAAAUAAGCUUUCUCAUCACAUUGUCUAAAUCUGACUUGUGAUCUUGUCUACAUUUGCAAAGCAAUAUCUUACAUUGUAGAUGACAUGUAAUUGUAAUGGAAAUAUGGCUUUUUUUUAAAAAAAAUGGAAGCAUGACACUGCAAUGUCUGUGCUUAAAAUCAAUGUAUAUAAACAUAAAGUAUAAUUCCCUUUAUGCUAUAAAUAAUCUAAAAUCCCCAAACUUUACAGUUUUAAUAUGGAAAGUUAUGAAAUGCUUCCAUAAUGAGACUCAUGCACGUUGAGUAUCAUUAAAAAUGAUAGUACUAUAUAUGUAGUAUUUAAAUGUAAUAUUUAUUUUUAGAUGAAAAUGCAUUGUAUACAUUUGGAUAUCAUUCUGUCCAAAUAGGAUGUACAGUUCUUCAUAAUAUAUAGACUGACUUCGUUAUAAAAAAAUUAGAUUAAAAGGCUCUUGUCUGUGUAAGAUAAUAACCAGAGACUAUUUUUUUGUAAAUUUAACUAAGAAAUUGCUCUGUAUUCUUGACAUUAGCUCAAGUUAAUGUGUAAAAAUUAUGCUGAUUAAAAACUGUAAACUAA